AUGGUCGUCCAACCGGUUCAGCUGAAGAUGGCGAACCCAUUCUCGCGCAUGGCCGAGACCUACGAGACCAUAUUUCCCGCCAUGCGUCUUUUUGCUGCCGACGCCGUCUCGCUCGCGCCGCCAAUCACCAAUAAGUCGGUGGUUCACGACAACGGCUGCGGGCCCGGCAUUGUCACGGCCGAGAUAUUGUCUCGGCACCAACGCCGGGCCAGCAUCGACCACCAGCCCCAGACGUGGCAGCAGCGGAGGCGACGUUUCCAGUCACAAGGCCAUCACCAGCCGAGCCACCCACCAGAAGCACCCCACAUCGAGGCGACCGACAUCUCUCCCGUCAUGGUCAGCGCUGCCGCCCGCAGAGGAGCCACGGUGCGCUCGCAGGUUAUGGACUCGCGAGAGCUGCUCGGCUUCGAUGACGCCAUAUUCACCCAUUCCUUCUCCAACUUUGUCGUCCUCGGCAUGUCGGAAGUCGACACAGCGCGCGUCAUCUCCGAGAUGCGGCGCACCUUGAAGCUUGGGGGCGUGGCUAUUUUGACUGCGUGGCGCGCCCUCGGCUACCUCGACGUUUUCGAGCAGGUGGCCCUCCCGAUAGCCGCGGGCAGCGAAGCCAAGAGCAACAUCAGUAGCAACCACGACAGGAGCCCACCUCCCACCCACGCCAGCAUCGACACCAGAGAGGCUGUGCUGACGGAGCGGCAGCUGCUGUUAGCUCUAGAGCGGGGCGGGUUCGCCAUGGGCAACAAGGCGCCGGGACCUGUCGAGCUGCGGAGCAUCACACGUGUGCUCCCCUGGGCACUCUGGACGAACGAGGCGUACGCGCCCAUCCGCCGGAGCAUGUGCGAUGGCUACACCCGCGGCUGGUCCAGGGCUGACACAGAUCGGCUCGACGUCGCUUUUGCCGAACGCGUUGCUCACCUGGCCGAGGAAGGGGCGUCGUACCGUGUAACGGCCUGGGUUGCCAUCAUGAAGAAAGUAUGA